AGCAAAAUCAUGUUUCUAGUGUAAACUAAAAAAUAAGACAUUAGAAUUUUACACAUGGUAAAGAGAAAACGAUUUAGGUAUUGCAGUAAACUGUAUAAUGUAAACGUAAAAAACAAUGCGUAAAGAAUUCCACAAAAUAUUAAAAUAACCUUGUUCUGGAUUGGCAACAAUAAGGAAUGUCAAUUGUCAAAAUAAGGACAAAUUAAUUUUAUCCAACUGUCAAAAAUAUCAAAUAUAAACGACAAAACUUUUAGUAUACAUAGUGAAAUUUUACAGAAAUUGACUAAGGUUUCCCUUGAAAUGUUUUCUACUAGUUCUCAAAGAAAGUUCUGGACGUUCAGUGAUGAAAACGAACUCGGUCGACACCGAGAGAAGCACAAUUUGAACUUCAUAUCAAAACAUGGGCAACAUAUCGACGAAUAUCAGAGACCUGUCGAAGGAUUUCUAAUCGAUAUAAAAACAAGAUGUAACCUCGCAAACCCAGAACGGUUACGAACUGGUAUUGACGAGUUCCUGGAAAAGGUAUUUCUGACUGAUGCUUGUCUUCUGUAUGCACCAUCACAAAUAGCAUUGGCAGCUGUCUUACAUGCGGCAAGUAAAGAACAAGAAAACUUGGACAGUUAUGUAACAGAUAUGUUAUUCCGUGAUGCUGGCCCUGAUAAAUUAGCAAUACUAAUUGAGGCAGUUCGUAAAAUUCGUUCGAUGGUCAAAAUGGUUGAAAGUCCAGCGAGAGAACGAGUUAGAGUGAUUGAGAAGAAGUUGGACCGUUGUCGGAAUCAAGAGAAUAAUCCGGACAGUGAGAUAUAUAAGAGACGGGUACGAGAGGCUCUGGAUGAAGAUGACAUUCCUCAUGGAGCUGGUAGAAUGUCCCUAGAUACCAGCGGAGUGUCACAGAUGUUGUCUCCUUCCGCCUCGUAGACUAAAGGAUAAAAUAUGUAAAAUUUCAUUGUUGUAACACUGGUAUUAAAAAUUUUAAAGGUGACUAUGAUGUUUUUACAAGUAUUUCAACAGUGGAAACUGACCUUUACGUUGAUUUGAAUUGAUUAUAUUUUGAUUAUCCCUAAAUGAUUGUUAAUAAAAUAAAAUGUGACACUUAUUUUUA